AUGCAUGUUUGUCUUCCGGCAGAUUUGGAGGAUGUCUUAUGGCCGACUCAGGGAAAGGGCAGUAGGGUCAUUCCAUUCGGGGUUGGGAUUGCAGGUCAUGUCGCGCAAACGAAGGAAAGCCUGAACCUGAGGAAUGCCUAUCAGGACUCAAGGUUUGAUCAAAGCAUUGAUCAAGUGACUGGCUACAGGACAGAAAGUCUCUUGUGUAUGCCUAUGUGCAAUUAUGAGGGCCAUGUCACCGGCGUAGCUCAGAUCAUCAACAAGCGGAACGGGGAAACUGAAUUUACUGCCAGGGACGAGAUGGUGUGUUGAAGAAAAAUGACUACCC